UAGUGCCAAUCUGUACCCAAGAACUAGAAGACUUGGUUUUUCAUCAUUGAUCUAGUCAAGCAAAAAAAAAAAUGCUAUAAAAGAGAGAGUUCUAAUCCAUUAAAUUCUCAAAUUCCAGAUAAGCAAGGUUUUCAGUCAUCUUUGUCCUCUAUUCCCCCAUUGGUGACUACAAAAACAGCUGGAAUUGGAUUCCAUCCAGCAAGUUAAAAAGAAUCUUUGGACCAUAUUUCUUCAGAUCAAGUUUCUGAUUCUGGGUGUGUUUGGUUUGUUGCUCUAGGCAGCAGAUCAUGGCUGUGAUUGCAGAUGCACUUGUGGGGGAGCUUGUUGGGCAACUGCUGGGUGUGGUUAUUGAGAUGAAAGACAAGAAUCUGAAGUUCAAAUCCACUCUGGAGGAAUUGCAGGGCACCCUGGAAUCAAUAAGGCCAGAUGUUGAUAAGAUAGUAGAACUAUACAGGGUACGGGAUCGAGCAUCGGAAACGGAGAAGCUUGUUGAACUUAUGAAGACUGGAAAAAAACUUGUUCAGGAGUGUGCUAAUGGAUUCAAGUGGUGGAACUGUUUUUAUCAGAGGGCUAACUACCAAGAGAAACUUGCAGAAUUGGACGCGUCGAUUCUUAAGUACUUUCAGAUGGAUAUGCAAGCUAAGAUUGCCACCACCGUGUUGGUGAUCGAGGAUAAGGUUGACGAGCUUCGUGCGGAUUUACACAAUGUUGUUGCUAUGACUAUGAAAAACGAAAGGAUUGCAUUGAAGGUGUGCACGGCUCCUGCGCCACCUGAAUUCACUAUCGGCUUGGAUGUUCCUUUGAAGGAGCUGAGGCUUAGGGUGCUCCGGGAAACCGUUACUGUCUCGGUGACCACGGUAACUGGUUCAGGAGGUUUAGGGAAGACUACAUUAGCCAAGAAGUUUUGUUGGGAUGAGCAGGUCAAAGGUAAAUUCAAGGAGAAUAUCUUCUUCGUCACUUUUGCAAAAAAUCCAAAGUUGAAUACGAUAGUGCAGAAUCUGUUUCAACACAAUGGUCACCAAGUGCCGGACUUUCAAAGUGAAGAAGAUGCUAUCAACCAACUGGGAAAUUUGAUGAUGCAGAUUGGGCAAAAAGGUCCAAUACUGUUGGUACUGGACGAUGUCUGGCUCGGAUCGGAAUCUCUUGUUGACAAAUUUGUGUUCCAAAUUCCAAACUACAACAUUUUGGUGACAUCAAGAUCUGCCAUUGCAAGAUAUGACUCUGGCUCUCCGUACGUCUUGGAACGACUAAGUCUAGAAGAUGCCACCAGUCUAUUUCUCCAUUCAGCAUCCUUGAGUCCAAACAGCACUGAAAUUCCUGUUUCUCUUGUGAAAAAGAUAGUCAAAGGUUGCAAGCGUUCUCCCAUUGCACUUACAGUGACUGGCACCUCACUAAAGAACAAGAACCUGGCGGUUUGGCGCAGCAGGGCAAAGGCAUUGUCCAAGGGUCAAUCAAUUCUGGAGUCUAACCACGAUGUACUUACUUGUCUCCAAAAGAGCUUGGAUGUUUUGGAUCCUAUUGCCAUAGAGUGUUUUAAGGACCUAGGCUUGUUUCCUGAAGAUCAAAGGAUCCCUGCUGCUGCCCUUGUGGAUAUGUGGGCAGAGCUGCGUUGUGGAGAUGAUGAGACUGCAAUGGAGAAAAUUUAUGAGCUGGUGAAUCUGAACAUGGCUGAUAUUGUUGUGACAAGGAAAGUUGCAAAUGACAUAGUAGACUAUAAUUACCACUAUGUCGCCCAGCAUGGUCUUCUUCGAGAGCUAGCCAUUCGGCAGACACGCCAGGAACCAGAGUCCAAGAGGAAUAGGCUAAUUAUUGAGAUUAAUGAAAAUAAGCUUCCCGAUUGGUGGAGCGUACAGAAGGCGUAUCCCACUCCAGCCAAAAUAUUAUCCAUCUCAACUGAUGAAAAAUUCUCUUCAGAAUGGUGUAACUUGCAAGCGACUGAAGUUGAGGCUCUAGUGUUGAACUUUCGAGGAAAGAAGUGCACAUUGCCAAUGUUCAUGAAGAAUAUGAAGAAAUUAAAAGUCUUGACAAUUACAAAUUAUGACUUCUAUCCUGCUGAGUUGGAGAAUUUCGAGCUGCUUGAUGAUUUACCUAGUCUUAAACGGCUCAGAUUAGAGAAGGUUUCUAUUCCUUUCCUUAGCAAGAUCGGAGUGAAACUGGAGAAUCUGCAGAAAUGUUCAUUUUUUAUGUGCAAUGUGAUUGGAGUAUUUGACAAUUGCACUACCCAAGUUUCAGAUAUGCUGCCAAAAUUGGAGGAGAUUGACUUUGACUAUUGCACUAUGGUGGAUCUACCUGUUGUGCUCUCUAAUAGUGAUAAGUUAAAAAGGCUUAGGAUCACAAACUGCCAUAAGAUUUCUGCACUUCCUGAAGUUGGAAAGAAUUUGAAAUCACUAAGGCUAAGUUCUUGCAGUGGUUUAUUAGAGUUGCCAAAGUCAAUCACAAACCUUGAGAAACUACAAUUUCUUGACAUCUCUGACUGCAUAAGUCUCAGUAAUUUACCUGAGGACAUGGGUGAGUUGAAAAAGUUAGAAAAGCUCAAUGUCAGAGGCUGCUCAAGAUUAACCGAGUUGCCUACAUCAAUCAUGGACCUUGAAAACUUAGAGGAAGUGGAAUGUGAUGAAGAGAUAGCUGAAUUAUGGGAACCUGUCAAACAAAUCCUUAGUGAUCUACAGCUACAUGUCGCCCCAACUGAUUUCAACUUAGAUUUUCUUUCUAAGUUGCGCUCAUCAUAGUUGGGAUUGGCAGCACAAUCAAGAGAGAACAGAAUAAGAAGAAUAAAAAUGAGAAGGUGAGAAAGAUCAGUCUUGACCACCGCUGUUAAUUUUUCUGUAUUACAUGAUUACAGGUGUAUGUAUCAUAGAAUUACUACAAGCUUGUAUUUUUGUUUUCUUUACAUUUUUAUGAGUUUUGAUCCCUUCACCCGCUCUAUUUUCUCUUGUAUAAAUUUUCAAACAUUUCCUCUUUUUACUCUUUCUAUCACAUUAUUCAUUAUAUCUCUAA